AUUUGUUCAGUUAUUUCUUAUCAAUUUUAGAAUCAUUUAGUUCAGGAAAAUGAUAGACGCAAAAAUCAUCGAUAUCGAUGUGCAAGAUAUAAGAUUUCCAACGUCGUUAUGGGGCAUUGGAAGUGAUUCAAUGGAUCCUAAUAUUAAUCAUUCUUGUGUAUACGUAACGAUCAAGACUGAUAAAGAAUAUGAAGGAUAUGGCAUUACAUGUACCGUGGGAAGAGGAAAUGAAUUAGUGUUGCGAGUAUGUAAGCUAUUGUUCAAGUUCAUAAAAUAUCAAACAACGAUAGAGAUAUAUACUGACUUUGCAUCUGUCUGGAGAAGAUUAAGAAACGAAUUUAGAUUGGUAGAACCCGAAUGCGGUAUUGUGUAUCUAGCUGCAGCGGCUAUAAUAAACGCAUUAUGGGAUUUAUGGGCACGCAUCGAAAACAAACCUGUCUGGAAGCUUCUUACAGAUAUGACGCCCGAACAGCUCGUUUCCACUGUGGAUUUCCGAUACAUUACAAACUUUUUGAGCCAGAAGGAAGCGAUACAAAUGCUCCAGGAAAAUGAAAAGAGAAAAGAUCAAUUUGAGAACGUUUUAAAAAAAAACGGCUUUCCCGCAUAUACAGCUGAUGUUGGGUGGGUACGUUAUCCCUAUCAGAAGACUCGAGAUCUUAGCAAAAAAUUCGCGAAGCUCGACUUCAAGGUAUUCAAGACGAGUUUGGAUCUAACAAUAGAAAAAAGCACUUCAAGAUGUAAGACUAUACGCAAAACAAUAGGCAAGAAGAAAAGUUUAAUAUUGGACGCGAAUCAAGCCUGGGAUGAAACGGAAGUACUUGAUUAUAUGGAAAAUUUGAAAGAUUGUAAAAUAUUUUAUUUAGAAGAUCCAAUAUUUCCUGACGAUAUUAUAGGAUACAGUCUAUUAUCGGCUGACUUAGGUUCAGAUAUCAAACUUGUUACUGGCAAAAUGUGCGCAAAUCGUAUCAUACAAAAACAAUUCAAAAACAUGUCGGGGCCUGAUAUUUGUGUGAUUAACGUAGCGAGGCUUGGGAUUAAUGAAGCCUUAGCUAUAUACCUCAUGCUAAAAAAAGCUCGCAGGACAUAUCAUUUUUAUAAUACCACAUGGUCAUGCGCUAAUGGAGUGGGCUUGAGCGAGAUGAAUCAACAUCUUCAAAUGUGGGAUUUUAUUUGCUUAACUCAGUCUACUGAAAAACAACAUAUGAUUGAAUUUGUAAACCAUCAGCAUGGAUACUUUGAGAAUCCUAUACAUAUUCAAAAUGCCUGUUAUAUGCCACCUAAAUAUCCUGGUUUUUCAACUAAACUUAAAAACAAAUGUAUUGCAAGAUGGUCUUAUCCAGAAGGUACACGAUGGCAAUAUCUAUUUGAUACAAAACAUUUUCAAAAUGAAUACAAGGCAAAUUGAUUCAUAAUAUAUGUAAUAAAACAUGUAAUAAUAUAAAAAAAAAUAUGUAAUUUUCUGUUAAA